CGCUUAUCACAUGUGCAAGUAAACCUUAGCAAGAAUCAGCUCUUAAGCUACUCUUAUGCCUAUCCUAUCUUACUUAGCUUCAAUUUCUUUGAAACGUUCCUCACUAAGAUGGUAAGCAUCAGCUCCGUUGGCUCCCGCAAGGUCCCUUUCUUCUUUUGUUACAGUUUUUCCUAGUUGGUCUUGGAGCAGCUAACAUUGACGAUUUCAUGGGAUCACCAGAUGAUUCCGGGUCACAGACAUUGGAGAUGAAGAAAAACUCAAAAGCUUCAUUCUUGUCGUGCUUUGUCGUAAAAGAAAUUACAGCACGGAUGACCAAAGUAAGCUGAUAAGUACAAAAGAAAGUCAAAAUUUCAAAGGUUAGUAGUUCAGAUCGGCGUCAAAGAACAAUGUUUAAUUACCGAGGCAAGAAGUAAUAUAUUUAGGAACGCCAUGCAAAGUGUUGGAUUACAACCAACUAGCUAGGGUGUAAAUUGUACUAUCAAACAAUUCGGGGAAAACUUAAAAUAGUUUCAAAAUUUUGGGGCUCAAAAACCUUAACUUUCAUCAACACUUAAAUAAUUUACUUUCGGAUUGUUAUCUCAUUUUUUUUUUUGAAUUUUCAAGGCUGGGAAAAAAAUGGAAAUUACCGAAACAGGGACUAGAUGGUAAUUUUCACGUGAGCUAGUGAAAAAUGGAAACUAAACAACGGCUAUAUUUGAUGACGAUCAUAGUACGAUUUGGUUGCAAGGAGAGAGACCAGAUAGUUAUUUAGUGUAAACACAACACAACCAUUCUUCCUCUCACUUUCUCUUCUCUCAUACUCAAUUCUCAAACUCGCUCUCUCUCUCAGAACUUGAUUUUUCUAAUACCUCAGACCAAGAUGAAUACGUAUUACGGCGAUCUCACGGAGACGUGGUCAAAUUUCUCUCUCUUGGUGGAUACUGCGGCUUUGCUGCACGAACAAGAACACAAGCCAACAUGUUACACGGAGAAGAAGAAGACCGUAUCUCGAAAAGAAGAAGACGAACAUAGAAUGAAGAGAAUCUUCCAUCUUUUCCGAAGAAAACCAAGAUCAUCAUCCGUAAAGAAACCUCUUCAAAACCCUAACGGUGCUUCCACUUCUUCACAACUCUUCGAUCUUAACAAGAUUCCUUCAGAUAAAAACCCUAGUUCCCUAUCGACUUCCUCCUCGUGCCUAACAGAGAACAACAACACAAGCAGCCGCAAGAGACGUGCCGUGCAAGAAAGAAAUCAACGCUGUUUCAAGAAAGCAAAGGUGUCACCUUUAUUCACAUGGGAGGGGAAAGACACGCCGGAUUGGAUGAUCCAGUUGAUGAGAAGCACGAAAGGAGCUGCAGACCCGAUGCUUAUCUUCGAGAAGACUCUGUUCGAAACCGAUGUCAAACCAAGCCAGAGCCGUCUCUCGAUCCCUUUCCACAAACUGAUACGUAACGACUUCCUGACACUGGCUGAGUCGAGAAUCAUCGAGGAAGACAUCAGCAACAGAGAAAAGAUGGGUUUGGGAGCGGUUCUUGUCGAUCAAGGCAGCAAGAAGUGGGGUGUGUUUCUCAAGAGAUGGGAGAUGAAUGGUUCUUGGAACUACGCUUUGGUUUGUGGGUGGAACGAUGUUGUGAAGGCUAAUGGAUUGAAAGAUGGAGACAGCAUUAGUCUUUGGUCUUUCAGGUGCCGAGGAGUCCUCUGUUUUGCUCUUGUUCCUCUUCCCAUGUGACAGAGUUAGAGCUCUUCUUUUGCUUUCUCUGUGAUAACUUCUUUUAGUUGAGACGAUUUUGUAGGUUUUGGUACAGUUGUGUUUGAUCUUACAACACCUUGUUGGGUUUACCUCAAGUGAUUUUUAGUUGUUGCCUGAUUCUGUA